CUUAGUCUAAGUUGGUCUCACAAGGAGUUUUGUGGAGUUGCACCAGGUUAGGGGAGAGUAUGGAUAUGAAUCAUUAAGAUGAGUUGCUAGUAUUUUAUGGACCCACAAUAGAAUGAGUAUAGAGCGGACGAAUAAGGAGAAGGCAAGUAGAUGUUGGAAGAGCGAGUUUUUAUUGCCUUCACGUAUCCACUAUUAAUGACAUGUAAGAAUUUUCAUUUCUUGUCCACCAAACACAAUCCAUAUACAAAUUCUUACAUGCCAUUGGUAGUAGAUAGAUGAGGGUUAUAAGAACUUGCUCUUUCAACAUCUACUUACCUUCUCCAUAUUUGUCCGCUCUAUACUCAUCUUAAUGUCGGCCCAUAAAUACUAAACUAGCAUAUCAUCUUCAUGGGAUAAAAUUACAAGGAAAAAGAAUCUGAAGUGUAAAUAUGCAUAUUAGCUAGGAAAACUCUUAUUCACCAAAUGGAGAAAUAAAUUAGAUUAUAAAAUAAGUAUAAUUUCUUUCUAAAAAUGUGCUAAAUGAUAAUUGCAACUUGCAAAUAUCAUUGAAAGUAUAUUAACAGUCUGUUUGGCACAAAAUAGUUGUACGAAAAUUUGUUAGCCGUGUUAAUAAUUGUAAUUGUGGGUAAUUGUAAUUGUACAAUUGUAGUUAUUAGAUAUUUAAAUAUCAAAUUAUUCAUGUAUAUUUAUAUUGUCCGAUAAAAAUAUAAUAGCUAUUAAAAUAUAAAGUAUUUUAUGUCGUAGUUAUUAGACUGUUAUUUUUUAUUUUAGAGGCUACAACUUAUGGCAUUCGAAAAGGUUUAAGUAGUAGUUUAUCCUCAUUGAAUCAAUAACAAUAGCUUAAAUUGUCAUUUUAAGCAUGCCUUAAAAACCCCGAAAUAAUCGUAACCUUAAACCGAACUUGACUGAACUGUUAUAAAGCGUGUUUACUUUCUUAAUUUGCCAUAUAUCAAUGUCGCGGUACCCGAUGAGACGACGAGAGUUUCACGGAGGAACGGCGAUGACCUCAUCGAAGGCAUUCUUCGCUCUCGCAUCCAUUUUAUCCAUCUUCUUCCCUUUCCAUGGAGUCACUACUGAGAUCAACAUUUCAGGUCUUCAAUCACAGCAAAAUUGCUCUAGUUCCGACGUUCCUCUGGAAUGCGAAAUUCAGGAAAUGAACUACAAAAUUGCUCAUUUAGAAUUCUUAGUUGAGAAGAUUGAUCGAGAACUAAACUCCAAAAGCCUUUAUAUUGAAAAAUGUGAGAAGAAAAUUGAGGAACUGAGCCUUACCAUUCAACACCUGGAGUCUCUUUUGUCCAACUUAAAGGAUGCACCUGACUAUGAGAAAAUGAUAAAGCUGUUUGAAGAACAGGUACGGGAAUUGGAGGUCGUUGUGAAGAAAAAUGAUCUGAACCUUUGGCAGCUCGAAGUUAAAGCAAAAGAUGAUGAGAAAUCAGUGAAAAUGCUUGCUUCACAAGUUGACACGAUGGUGAAAAUUGUCCCAGAACUUUGGUUUCAUGUUCAAAAACUUGAGCAGGCUCGUGAAGUCAUAGAGAGGAGAACGGUAGAGCUACGAAGGCAAUUACGCAGUCAGAGAUGCUCUUUUUUUAAGUAUAUCAACAAUUUUCCUGCAAGAUACAACCUGAAAAAGGUAGUUACUUUGUCUGAAGCUAUAAACUGGCUAAAAAGGUCAUUUUCAACUGUGAAGAAGUAUCACCAUCAGGUUAGUCUUUCAAGCUCUGAUGUGCUCUCUUCCCUUUCUCUUUCACAAAGUUUGUGGCUUUUAUUCUUUUGGGAGUUAGUGGCAGAGAUGAGCGCAUCUGCGCAAGCAUGAGCAGGCAGACAGGUAUUCCAAGAUAUGAUGCUGAUAUUGUUGAAAUGUAGAAGUCUGAUGGCGUUAAUAAUAUUUACUAACCACUCCAUUUGGAUACAAGAUCCUUUGCGCACCGGUUCAAAUGUCGCUUUGUGACUGAUGGGACCCUUUCCGAGUCCCUCAUUCUACGGGUACGCUUUGUGCCCCGGGUUACCCCUUUUUACCUCAUUUGGAUACUAUAUUUACAAAUACUAACACCCGACCCCUUCCCCCCAUCCCCCAUGAAAAAACCACUUAGGUGGGAGCUACUUAAUGGCUUUGGGUUGAUGGAAUAUUUUUUUAUUGUCAUAGAGAAUUUGGCCUCCUUCCGAAAUCGUAAUGGUUUAUGCUUUGCAAAUGAAGAAUAAACUUAAGACAAAGUAAUGGAGUGCAGAAAUUUGUCAUAUGCUGUAGUCUCUCUUUCUGUAAUUGUGUCAACUAGUUCAUUAUAAUCCGUAUCCAAAGAACAAUAAUUUUUUGGCCUGUCAAAAUAAAUAAAUAUUUUUUUGAAUGUCAUAAAUAUACAGAAUAAUUUGGCCAUGUGUGACUAAAUUAGAUUAAGCAUACAACAACAAUGUCAAUUCUUAGUCCCAAAAGAUUGAGGUUAGCUACAUGAACUGAUAUAAAUUAAUCCUAGUGGUGGUCCACAUAAACUCUCCUCUUUGAAUAAUCUAUCAUUGCAAGGUGUAAAUAUAGAUUAAGCAUAAAGCCUGAAAAUUCUGUGUUUGAGAGUAGCUCAACUGAAUUUUGAUGGUAAUUGCUUGAUAGAUAGAGUAACAAGUGACUUCUGGUUUAGGGAUAGUUAUGUGAGAUCAUAUUGUAGGUGUUAUACUAGAAUGUAAUAGUCAUAGUCAAUAUGUAAAUUAACUAAGGAUAUACUUUUUAUGUGUUACCAUUUGCCUCCGUUACAUUAUCGCUUAUUGCCACACCUCCCUUUGUUUUUUUGGUACCUUGUUCUGAUUCACUUAGUGGAAGUUUACCUGAUGCAAUGGGUUUUCUUGCUCUGAUUCGCUACACAAUACUUUUUGAGAGUUGGCUGCAAAAUAUGCCUUUUGGAUGGAAACUUCUGUUAUGUCAUUUAUUUAUUUUCUAUGUUUAUGCAUAUUUUAGGAGAAUUAUGCACUUUGUGAUCUGGUGAGCUUAUAGCCUCAGCUUGAUCUGCGGACUAAACCCAAACAUUGACGUCCUUACCAAGUGCUUUCUUGGCAUUGUGCUUAUCAUAUGCCUAUUUGUAAUUGGAUACUCUGUGUCAAUACUAAAUAGAUGUAUUCAUAGUUGCAAGGUUUCAUUAAACGAGAGAUGGAGAGAAAUGAGUUUACUGUUGGUCUUGCUGGAGAAGAGUUGGUGUUUUUUCU